AUUGUUGCAGAAGUUGUCAAUCAGUCAGUCCAAAAUAAAAAUGGUUUCUUGGAGUGCUUUAGGUCGAUCUGUUGGCAUAAAUCUGUUAAAAAAUAAUGUAAAAACACCAGUAAAUAUUCAAAAUGCUCUAUUUUCUACAAGCAAAGUCCCAUUUGGCGGUCAUGGCCAUAGGACUAUGGCUUUGCAGCCAUCCAGAUGGCAAUGGCACAAAUUCAAGGAUAUGUUACAUUACUACGUAAUGGUUGGCCUGAUACCUGUUACCGCCAUCGUAUUUUAUGCUAACGUGUUCAUUGGUCCAGCUCAGCUGGCUCCUAUCCCCGAGGGGUACAAUCCGAAGCACUGGGAGUACCAUCGCCACCCUAUUACAAGAUUUAUCGCUCGUUACAUACAUAACAACCCUCAGCAGGACUACGAAAAAUUCUUGCACUUCUUGGAUGAGGAAAACCAGAAGGCCAAGCUGCGUGAAUUAGAGAAGAAGAUUCUUAAGAAGAUGUCUGAGAGGCUGGACUACCAGGCGUACUACUACCGGCCACUGGUCAACAAAUACCUCCGCAUCAACAAGAAGACAGGAGAGGAAUUGUAUGACCGUAUCGGUGACAACUACAAGGAAUAAACAUAGAACCGAUAGUAUGUAUUUAGAAAAUCAAGUGAAUUGUUAUUUAUAUUGCAAUCUGUAGAUACCAAAAUAAAAUAACUGAUUGUUGCAACAAUCUUUAUUUACCGAACAAUGAUUUAACUAAGAAGUACUUAUUUACUCAACAGAAAACUCAGAAAUAAGAAUUGAUUUAAUUUAAUGCAAAAUAUAUGUUGCUGAACAAGAUUGGAUCAUAAGAUAUGUCUUACUAUUGUUGAGUGUGUAAUUGCUUCUUAUACCAUGAUUUGUAAAAGAGAUACCAUCAAUAGCUUUUUAGUUAGGAUUUUUGACUUUUAUUUAGUUCCAUUUUAAUAAUGUUGUAUGUAGUGUUUUGGGAAACAAUAAAGUAAACUGAAACUGCUGUUA